AUGCCCAUAUCGGCAUUGUUCAAUGGUUUUCCUUCUAGACGAACUCUGGAGGCUAAUAGCGAACGUAAUCACAGGAUUACGGAUAGUUGGUGUCAAAAGCCUCUGCGUGUACCUCCACAGAGAGAGAGUCCGACAGUUCGUAGAGGUGUUGCCAUCAAAUCUGAAGAACCGCAAAAGUUCUCUCCUGCAUUACUAAAAAGCUUGUUCGAGAAUACUGCCACUGAACUUUUGACAGAACUGAAGAUCUGUGACCUAAACUUAGAGGAUGACGAUGUAGAAUGGGGCACUGAGUUUUCAACUGUGAAGAAGAUCGACGCAUCCGAAAAUAUGUUGUCGUUAUACAGCUUUUAUCAAUUUCCCAAACUGAUGGACCUCAACUUAGCAUUGAACCACAUGUAUAGUAUACCACAGAUGAGUGGAAAACUGACGAACUUGAAAUGUUUGGAUCUCUCCUACAAUUUCAUCAACGGACCAGAGGCAAUUGAACGGCUCGGUGUGUUACCAAACUUGGUUCAGUUGUCAUUGACGGGUAACGGAUUGACAAAAUUAUCAGACAAGAUGACCAUACAGAGCACAGACGAGAAGGGGGAAUGUACAUAUCGAUUUGCAAGAUUAGAAGUUCUCCAUUUGGAUGACAACAUGCUUUCUGGAGUGGAGGAUUUCGCAACCUUGGCCACACUGCCCAGACCACUCAUCACCCGAUCCCCCCCCCUCACACGCCCCCCCUCCCCCCCCCCCCUACCCCCACCGGAGUCCCCCCCUCCCCACUUAGCCCUCUCACCUCCCCACCCAACGCCCCAGGCCCCACCCCCACCCCGCCCUCCUAACCCCCCCCCGCCCACCCCCCCACCACACCCCUCCCCUAAUUUGCUCUACCCAUAA